AUGUCGUCUGCUUUUUGUGUUCGCGUUCACAACCCUCACGAAUUCCCGGAGAUCCAGAGUCGCGGGCUCCUCGUGGCCCCCGGAGCCACUACCCAGAUCUCCAUUAAACAGGCUCGGACUUUGCGUUCUUCUGCUCCAUUUAAGGCUCAGAAUCUUCCGUCACCUUACGGUAACUGUAGAGAUGGCAGUCUGACGUAUUUCAGAGAGUACUCCAAGGUGAACUGCAUGGCAGAAUGCAACCAUAAAAACAUAAUGCAGAAAUGCGGUUGUCGUCUGCACUACUAUCCCCCAGUGGCGGGAACGAGGGAAUGCUCCCCUUAUGACGUCUACACUUGCGUUGGUCAACAACUUGUCAUCGACUCCGACGAGAAGGCGGCUGCUUUAAACUGCGACUGUUCAGAGCCGUGCAGCGGAGUAUCAUACCAGCACGGAGUGACGCACAGCCGGAUAUCCGACUCCUACGCAAAUUACUCCGCGACUAUAACUGGCAAGUCACCCGAAUACGUGAGAUCGAAUUAUGUCAUCUUAAAAGUGUAUUACUCUGAUUUAAGUUACCAGGAAACUAUACAAAGUGCUUCGUACCCAUUUCUGACACUUCUAGCAGAUAUAGGUGGCGCCCUUGGGCUCGUCUUGGGCAUGACCAUGAUGACUCUGGUGGAGGUGGUCGAUUUCUGCUUCCAGCUGUGCUGGCUGCAGUUUUACAAAAGGAAAACUUAAGUUUUUUUAAGGACAGUGGUGCACACGUGAGAGAUUUUCUUCUUGGACGGAGGUUUUCCGACUCUGGAAAACACAGUCGAAAGUUGAAUGUAAACAUUAUUCAGAAAUAAGCGUAUAAACAUUUUAUAUUGGCUGUAAAAGCACAAUAUGAUGACUUGAUUAAUCUGUUAAAUACCGGUAUAUCCGUUAUUUAUCUUCAAACUGAACUGGAAAUAAUGAAUUGUGUCCCAAAGUGUCGUCUUUAUAUGAACAUAUGGUUGCGUUUUGCUUAAGGGUUCUAUGUACAUGUCCCAGUACGAGUGUAUGUAUGUCUCACAACGUACGUUUGUUGUUUUGUGUUUUGUUAUUCAUAUAAAUCUCUUGUGUACUCGGACAACUUUUUUUACUUCUUUGCAAUUUCACUCCCUAUUUAUUUCUCGGUGAAAUUCAUGUUGGCUUGUAUCAAGACGUCUUUUCUGCAUGUACAUCUUUCAUUUUUAUAAAACGCAUUAUAAAGCACCAGCUUGUUU